GAAGAGAUGAUGUAAUGAAUUGUGUCUUUUAAACAGGAUACGAUGUAAACAAAGAACGAGGAGGAGCAUUGGAUACAUUGAUGGCAGAUCUGAUGAACAGCUUUGGUAGCGACAUCAAUGACAGCACGCAACGACCUAUUGACCAGAGUAAUAACAGCAUGGGAGCGUAUCAUCCAAAUAGUGCUGCUACUUCUGCAGACCACUGUGCACAAUGUGGCGACGAGUUUGAUUACCGCGACGAUGUGGUGAAUGAUCGCAACAAGUACUACCAUAAGCAGUGUUACACUUGCCAGCUAUGCCGCGCACCCUUUGACCACCGCCGCCCUUGUUUUGAACAUAACGGCAAACUGUAUUGUGAACGGGAUUACAAUGUGGUGAAAAAGCGUAUCACCUGUGCAGGAUGCGAUCGCCUUAUUGCUGCCAACGCUAACUCAAUUAAGGCUUUGGGACAGCACUAUCACCCUGGCCAUGUGAAAUGUUAUCACUGCUAUCAGCCUAUUGACGAACGCACCGGUUACAAAGAACAUCAGGGUCGUCUCUAUUGCCGCGCUGACUUUAAAGCUUUAUUUUUACCGUCUUGUCGCGCAUGUGGUAAGCCCGUUGAACGGCAAGCUGUAUCGGCGACGGACGGUAAAUUACAAGGAAAAUGGCAUCUCGAGUGUUUUGGAUGUCACACGUGUCAUCGAGAAUUCCCGGAUAACACCUUUUACGUCUUUGACAACGCACCUUAUUGUAAACGCCACUAUCAUCAACUCAAUAACUCGCUUUGCCGAACGUGUGAUGAGCCUAUUGAAGGCCCCUGUGCACAAACCAUAGAAGGCUGGCGAUUCCAUCCAGCUUGCUUUAGAUGCAAUGUACGUACAACACUCCUUUUUUAUAUAUGCGUCAUACCACAUUAUGGAUUUUCCUUUAUUUGCGAGAGACUCAAGAAGCAUCUUAUAUUCGUUAUUGCACAUACACAAAUACGACACCAUGUGCACAAUAUACAUAUAUGCUCAAAACAUGCAGGUUUGUCGUUGCGAAAUCACAGAUACCUACUAUAUGUUCGAGCGCCGCAUUUAUUGCGAGACACAUAUCCGUCAACUUCAGCGCCAGCGUAAUAUCCGUGCUGAGAAAAGAAAAACCCAAUUCGGCCGUAUUUAGCUCUAAUUUAUAUUAUAUAAUAACACAAAC